AUGAAAUUACGAUGCGACGGACAAAGCCCCUGCGGAUCAUGCUUGAAGAGAAAUCUCGCAUGCAACAAUCAACGAACGGGCACGAGCAACUCAAGCCCCGAGGAAGGGAGCCUCACGAAUCACGAGACCUGCUCGCCGUCGUCAUCGGAUCGAGGAUCGAUCAAGUUUCUACUCAACGGGGGGCAGGAAAGCUUUACAGAGGGUUUCCGGCUCCCGCCGCGCAGCAAUCGGAUACAUGGCUUGGAUAACCACAACCGGCUGGGCUUGGGGGAAGUCUCGAAGAACCACCUCGAGCGCACGGGACCUGACUUUGGCUCUGGCUUCACCACCUCCGACCCGGCCACGCCACAAUUCUUCCAAGAAACCUUCCUAGACCUCUCCUAUAGCCCCUUUUUGUACGGACGGAAACCUGUGGAUGGUCCAUAUGACACCGGACAGCUUGACUAUCCGACUGUCGUGCCCGAGCAUCCACCGACCUUCGGAUUACACGCGGAUUCAUCCAUAUUCGAACCCGAACGACCAUUCGCAUUGGCAUUGAUCCAGUCAAUUUCGGCAACGGCGUGGCAGGUCCCGCUUGAUGUCAAGGCACAGCAGGAGAUUUCUGCCAAUUUGAACGUUCUCUUGACAACCGCUCGCAUACGAAAGUUCAUCUCUCUCUAUUUUGAAUGCUGGCAUCCCAGCUCUUCGAUACUGCAUGUUUCUUUCGAUCCAGAAACGGUCCCUCUGACGCUUCUGGCAGCCGUGAUAUUCAUGGGCGCGAUGUACAGUAAUGACGAGACAGAGGUGUCUAUCGCCAAGAAAGUGUUGGACUUCGCAGAACUCUUCAUCUAUUCUAGCGAAGUGUUCUCCACGGAUACAGAGAUUGGCAUGGCAUUCUCCGGUGUGGAAAGCUACAAGGACGAGAACACCGAUUGGAUAAACUUCCAAAACUACCAGGCCGGUCUCAUCAUACUAUUGACCCAGUACUGGGCAGGGAGUCGUGUUUCUCGAAAUCGUGUCAGAGAUGGCAGAUUCGGCGAACUGGUGAAAGUCGGACGUCGAAUGGAGCUUGGGAAAUCUCGCCAUCUCCCGGAAGACCAAGCUCUUGAGGGAUUGUGGAUUCAGAAAGAAUGUCGAAUUCGCACUGCUUGUGUCGUUAUAUCCAUCGAUUGUGCAUUUUACUUCUUUCAAAACCUCCCAUGUCGAUUGACCCAAUCCGAAAUGCAAUGCGAUCUUCCUUCCGAUAAAUCUUUAUUCUUCUCUCGACACCCCUUUGCCGAACCCAACUUCCGCUUCUCCCGCGACGUCACACUAACCAAGGCUUUCGAGAAUCUAAUGGACGAGUCAUAUACCGAACACAUGGACCUGACAGUCCUCGAUAUGUUCAUGCUAAUUCACCUUCUAAACUCCUAUAUCAACACCCACAUGCCCAUUCUCGGCCCCGUGAUACGAAUGAGUCGGAUCAAACAGCCCAUACAACCCGCCCGUGACAGCUUACAGGAAGCAUACUCGAUUCCCGACGACCCAACUUUAACCCCAGUCAAAACGGCUCUAUCGCGCUGGCGCGAUCAUUGGUUCGUUCUGCGCAAUCGCAUUCCCAGCGAGGAGUGGGCUGCACUGGGCUUUUACAAAAACUCUUACCAUUUCUGGCUGGUGUCACAACUUCUCAUCACCAAUGAGAACGUUGUCGAUGUCGUCAUGCAGAUGGAAGUCCCCUGUGAAGACAAACUAGACAAGUUGAAGGUCUUGCUGCUCGAUGAUCAAGGGGAUGUAUAA